AUGGCUUUGCCAUCAGAAGUUCCUAGGUCUUUUCACCUUUUCGUGACUCAUGUAGACGGUGAGGGUCACUUUCUGAAAAUAAGUGGGCAGGUCGAUCAUCAGUCUUCUUUGGUGGUAGAGAGUUUAUUCGAAUUGGCCCGCGAAAAGUUGGAACAAGGCAUUGGAGCAGUGUCACCGGCCGCUAUCCAUGAAGGCGUGAUAUGUGCCGCGAAAUACAAAGAUGGUACUUACUACAGAGCAAAAGUUAUAAGCACGUUAAGUUUGAGCACCGGCCUUGUUGGUGUGCACUUUAUUGACUAUGGAAACAAGGAUAUAAUUUCUUUGAGCGCCAUAAGAUUUUUGGACAAAUAUGAUCCUCUGUUUCUUCAGUUACGUGGCCAAGCUACAGAUUACUAUUUGUCUGGAGUUAUGAAUCCUAGUGGAAGAUGGGAAGAACCACUUUUAUUAAAGCUACAGAGUCUCUUAUGUUAUGCCGAAUAUCCUGCAACUAUUGAGGUACAAACUCGCUCACUGCCUAUAAUAUCAAUCCAGUUUAAGGGAACUGACCUUUCCACUCACCUCAUCUCCAUCCGCUUUGCGGUUGCUAUACCCACUGCAAAGCAAGAGGGUCUGCUUCAUCAGUUGUCUGCUGAAAACCAGCCAUUACCACAUUGGCAGCCAAAUUUUAUAACUGAAGCAUCCUAUACUGAACAUGUUCCUUUUUUAAUAAAUCAAAACUUUCCCUCAAACCCUGCAUCAGCUAUGAGACUGCAGCAUCAGAAUGUAACCUUACCUUUCAAUGGAGGUAUACCAGGAGCACCCUCUUUAAUUGGACAACGUUUGCUAGUGAAUAAAGCAUCGCGAAAUGCAAGCAACCUUAGAGCUCCAGUGCGCCAGCCUCAACAGGCAAAUGCAAAUAAAUCAGUUGUUUCUAUGCCACCUCCCCUACCAGUAGCUGCUAGCAAACCAGGAUCUCCAAAGAAAUUGUCUACUUACAAAAGCAGGCUGCUGGAAGUUAACUCACAACACAAGGUCUUUGUCUCAUUUGCUGAAGAAGGCCCAGAACUAUUUGCUGUGCAACUAGUAAGUGAUGCAAAAAAAUUACAAGAUAUGAUGGAUGACAUCAAUAAGAGACCUCACAGCAGUUUAACUGAACCGCCAAUGAUUGGCACUGUGUGCCUCGGCCGUAUGUCUGGAGACCGCAUUAUUUGUAGGGCAAUCGUUAUGAAUCUUUCAGGCUCUCAAUGUAAAUUAUUCUUUGUUGAUUUCGGAGACACAGAAAUGGUAUCCUAUUAUGAUAUUUUUGAUAUACCAGAAGAGUUUGUAAAACCAAAUGUAUUCGCAAUGAGGUUUUGCUUGUCUGGUGUGAAAAAAUUAGAAAAGGGUCCACAUUUGAAUGAGGCAUUUAGGCAACUAGUCAAUGGCAAAGUUAUGACACUUAAUGUUGUAUCUCCUGAAGGACCUCCAUUAAUUCAGUAUGGAGAAUUGUAUUUAGACAAUAAGAAUGUCUUUGAGUUACUGAUGGCCAAUAUGAAGGACAAGUUGCAAUUUAAAUGGAUAGAGAUGCUUCCAUUGGGCUCAAAGCAGUCAGUUCUGGUAUCAUAUGUGGAUAGCUGCAUUAAAUUCUUUGUGCAGCUGUCUGAUAAAAUAGAUGAAUUAAAUGCAGUUAUGGAUGCAGUAAGGCAGCACUGUGAGAAUAGCUCUUCACCUGGUGAGCUUCCAGUAGGUGCUGCGUGCUGUGCCCGUUUUCCAGAUGAUAAUAACUGGUAUAGAGCCAGAGUGAGAGACACCAGAGGAAAGAAAGUUGUGGUGGCCUAUGUUGAUUAUGGCAAUGAACAAGAAGUGGAAGUUUCAGACCUAAGAACCAUUACACCAGAAUUAGUCAGACUCCCAGCUCAAGCAUUGAAAUGUGCCUUAAAGGGUUUUGAAAAUAGACCAGUUGAAACCAAAACAUCUAACCAACUUGAAAUGCUUGCGCUGGAGAAGACACUGACUGCUCACAUAGUAGGCAUCCUAUCCAGUACCAUGGUUGUAUCUCUGAUUGAUGAAACUGUUACUCCACCUUUGGAUGUUGCAAGGAGGAUGACUCAAUUGUCACAGCCAAGAAGCUCUCAUGAGAUAAAGCCUACUACCCCAGUCCGAAAAGAAGCACCGGAUAGCUUCAGCUCACCUGAGAGUGUUCCAGACGAUAGCAAAAAGAAGGGUUUCCGCAGAGAGAAGAGCUUCAAGGACGACAGAAGACCACCAAGAGAGGGGGGUAAUGAAGACUUCUCACACAGAAGUGGCAGUUUUCGAGGAAGAGACAACAAGGAAAACUCCUUUGAUAGAUCUGGACCGGGUAGACAUAGCGACAAGUUUGGCGGCAGAUCCGAAAGGGGCGACAGACGUGCAGGACCUCCAAGACCUCGUGAGAACAAUCCCCCAGCACCACCUCCUGCUCAAAGCGGUGAUGAUGAGUGGGAGGAAGCCCAACAGCCAACUUUCCAACCUAGGCAAAACCCUCACAGAGAUAAUAGAGAGGGACCCAGAGACAGAAAAAAACCUAGGGAACAACAACACGAUAAGUCAGGACAAAAGCCUAAUUGGAAGAAAGAUGUCAGUGGGGUCGGCAAAAGGUUAAGGCAAGCGGCAGAGGCUGCGUCUAUCGACGCACAGAAUUCUAAAGGCGGGUCUAUACAGGAUCGGCUUAAACGAGAUAGAUAUAACAAUGAUCAAGAUGACAAGGAAGAAAAAAGAUCUGACGACUGGGGUAACAAAACCGGCCGAGAUCGUUUCGACCGCCGUGAUAACCGUGACAAUCGUGAUAACCGUGACAAUCGUGAUAACCGUGACAAUCGAGAAAACCGUGAUACUCGAGAAAGCCGCGAUACUCGAGAAAGCCGCGAUACUCGAGAAAAUCGCGAAAAUCGUGGGGACAGACGCGAUAACCGAGGAGACAAGAAAGAUAAUUGGAAUCAAAAACGCGAUUUCCGUAACGACAGGAGCGAUAGACCACCUCGUAGCAACUUCACUCCAAGAGAUCGCGCUGAAAGAUCCUACGAUGACAAACGCUCGGAGAAAAGCUUUAAGUCUCAAGACAGCAGAGGAGAGCGCUCAGGCCGCGCUCCUCCCUACAAACCGAGAAGCAAGUUCACCCAAGUUCAAUAUAAGGAAUUAUCCGAUCCACUUCCCCUGGAUACCCCGUUCUCCGAACCUGUGAUCGAAAUUGGUACACAACACGAGGUAUCUGUUACCUGGAUAAUAUCUCCAGAAAGUUUCUUUACACAAGUUAUGUCUCUUCAGCCAAAAUUCCUGGAAAUGAUGCACAAAAUACCAGAACUCUACAAAGGUGUGAAGUCUUAUAGUGGUGAAGUUCCUGUAGGUGGUUCAGUACUUGCGCGUUACCCUGUUGAUGGGGUGUUAUACCGCGCGACCAUUGUAUCCGUUCAACCUUUUUCAAAAUUCAUUGUACGAUAUGUUGACUUUGGAAAUAAGCAGCUGGUAGACGCCAAAGAUAUCUGGCAGAUCGAUAAACAGCUUAUGGAACUGCCUAAGAUGGCUAUACAUUGUUCAUUGACGGGAGUAAAACCUGUAGAUGGUGAAUGGAAGGCAGAUCCCGAAAUAGACUUGUGUUUUAAUGCCCCUCGGUAUCAAUGCGUGUUCCAAGAAAAUGUUGAAGAUCAAUACAAGGUCUCGUUAUGGAACAAUGGGGUCAGUGUUGCUGACACCUUGGUUGAGAAGCAGCUCGCUAAGUUAUCUGAACAUCAAACAUCUGUAACAUUAAAAGAUGAAGCAAUAGACCUAACGAUCAUCGUUGGUCAGCAGAUACUGUGUCGAGUGACCCACGUAGAGUCAUUUGAAAAGUUCCAUGUUCAAUUGGACUUGGACAAAGCAAUUCUUGUAGAGAAUGCUAUCGCCAACUACGAAGCCAGUAAACUCACUCCGCUAAGCGCAGACACCCUCGCAGACGGUAUCCACUGCACAUUGAAGCAUGAUGGUAAAAUUUACCGCGCGAUACUUGAAGAUGUUUCUGACGUAGCCAAUAUCAAAGCAAUAUUACCUGACUACGGUAACUCAGUUGUUACAACUUUGGAAAAUCUCAUGAUUCUACCUACUGAGUUGAGUGUAUACUACUAUCAGUCACUAGAAUGUUGCCUAAACAAUUACACAGCUGAAUCCAAAACGUUAAUGUCACUUGACGAACUAAAGGAGAAUCUCAUAGGCAAAAACGUUAUUAUCUAUAUCAACGAAGUGGAAGGAAUAAGCUUGGUGUCCACACUCUACCAAGCAGAGACAGGUCAAAAAAUCGCAAUCUUCGAGCCGGAUGAAGGUGCUUAUGAUGAAGUCGUACCACUCUGUAUGAGAGCCGUAUUCAACUACAACUUCGGCAUGUGUUACAUAUCACACGUGGAAAACCUCAACGAGUUCUACUUACAAAAGUCUAGUGAUGGCGAUCGGAUUGCCCAAUUACUUGAUGAACUGUACAAGUUUUAUGAAGAAGGUACCCCGGAAGAUCUACCUUCUUACGAAAUUGAUGGUAUGUGUGUAGCUAAGUCGAAUGAUGGCAAUUGGUACCGUGCGACAAUAAUUAAUGUAGAAGAGUCUCAAGUCAAAGUCCAGUUCCCUGAUUAUGGUAACACAGAAAUUGUCACCAAGGAGUCUAUUAAAAAGCUCGACCCUAAGUUCUUUGAACCUUGUGUAUUGGCUUUGGUAGCCAGCCUAGGACUCAUAGCCUUGCAAGAAGAUGCACUUGCAAAAUUAAAAGAAUGGACCGACGAAAAGGAAGUCCAAGUAACAUUAGCCUUUGGUUCAGAUGGCUGGCUUGCAAGUUUGCAUUUAGAUGGUGUGGACUUGGCUAUGAAAUUGGUUAACGACAAAUUUGCCACGCCUCGAGUUACAUCAGCCGAGGAAGAAGAAAAAGUAGAAGCUCCAUCAGCUGAGCCUAUUUCAUUGCCUGAAGGCUGUACCCAGGUCUAUAUCAGCCAUAUCGACACACCUGGUCAUUUCUGGCUGCAAAUGUUAGACAAAAUCGAUAAGGUCGAAGAGAUACAAUCAGAGCUGCAAGCCAAUGCAAAUACUUACGCGGACAUCGAAAAUCGUGAACUUGGUACACUAUGUAUUGCCAAGUAUUUAGCAGAUGACCAAUGGUAUCGAGCUGAAAUUCUUGACUCGGAUUCCGAUAUAACGACAGUCCGUUUUAUCGACUAUGGCAACACAGAUGUGCUCGACAAUCAGCCAGGUCUAAUAAAAGCUUUACCAGAUCAUUUAAAAGAAAUAGAACGCUAUGCUGUCAAAUCUAGUGUAAAUGCUGUACCGACAGGAACUGGUGAGUGGUCCGAACCGGCUUCUGAUUACUUUACUCAACUAGUUGGUGAUAUAUCGGCACCAGUUGAUGCUUUGAUUGUAUUAAAAGAUGUUACGACUUACGUAGAUAUCUUCGUUAGUGGUCAAAACAUUACUGAUAAAUUGGUAUCUGAAGGUCAUGCGAUAAGAUCUGAAGACAAUGAUUGUGGAGAUUUACCAUCCUGUUUUGCUAGUCAUGUUAACUCUCCGUCUGAAUUCUGGAUUCAGUUAGAAACAGCUGCUCCUGAGUUACAAGCUAUGGAAGCCGCUAUGGUUGAUGCCGAAAACUUCCCAGAAUUAAUAGAAAAAGAAGAAGGUGUAAUUUGUGCGGCGAAAUAUCCCGAAGAUGGUGCAUGGUAUCGAGCUCAAGUAAUUGUCGAUGGAUCAGAGGGAACUGAAGUUUUAUUUAUGGAUUAUGGAAAUGCUUCAAUUGCUAACGAAUUACGCAGUCUUCCUGAAGAACUAAAAUUGAAACCUGCUCUUUCAAGGAAAUGCGCCUUACAAAAACCCCGAGAUAUUAAGUGGUCACGUAAAUCUGAGAUCAGAUUUAACGAGUUAGCUGCAGAGGGAGCGACGAUAUUUAAUGUACAAUUUAUUGCGUCCGGUGAUAUUUCUAUCGUGGAGUUGUAUCUUGAGGGUAAAUCUGUCACAGAGGAGCUCGUAGCGCUAUGUGAAGAAUUACCAAAUGAGCGACCGACUCCAGUUGGACAGGAUUUACUUAGCAACGGAAAAAUCUGCUUUGUCAACAGUCUUGAAGAGUUCUACGUACAAUUAGAAGACGCGACGUCAGAUCUUGAUAAAGUAACGAUGAAAAUGAACGCUAGUCCUGAGUUUGAGACAGCUUCAGAACUUAAAGUAGGGUCAAUUUGUGCUGCAUUUUGGUCUGAAGACCAGCAAUGGUACAGAGCAAAGAUUUUAGAAUUUUGUGACAUAGGCUACCAUGUGCAGUUUAUAGACUACGGUAAUAAGGCCAAAUGCGAAGAAUUCAGACAUUUACCAGAAGAUCUUGCUAUUAUUGAGCCAUUGGCAAAAUGUUGCAGGCUAGCUGGGACAUUUGGUGACCAUUCAUUGAAUGAAUUUUGCAAAAAUAAACUUGACGAGCUGACCAUAGAAGAUACAACAUUCCAAAUUGAAUUUUUAGAUACCACUAAAGAACCUAUUCUGGUUAAACUACUAGUUGACGGCAAAGAUUUUAUUACUAACAUAAAGAGUGAGAACACGUUAUCGGACGAAGUAACGACUGAUAUAGAUUUAAUAGAGAAUACAACUAGUGAACAAACUGAUCUUAAUACCUCACAACAUGAUUUAGACGUAAGUAUGGAUAGUAACCACACAGUCAUCGAAAACAAAUCUUUCAAAAAUAAAUCUGAAGAAAUUGGCCAAGAAGCAGAGAAGGAUCUAUGUCAAAAUAAUCCUGAGGAAAACGUGUCAACUGACAGUCCUUGUGAGUUAAUGAAGACUCCCGAGUGUGAUGAAUCUAAAGAUUCUAUUUAUACAGACACGGGCUAUAUUAGUGGAGAACUUUCGCCCUCAGUAGCAACUUCGGAAAUAAUAUCCGCAGUUGAAACUGAUGGAGUGGCCUUGCAAAUAGAAGAAACAUCGAAUACAAACUCACAAUUAACAACAAAAGAUAACACACCUAAAACAGUAGAAAAAACAUCAGAAUUAGAAGAAAAGCUACCAGAAACAGAAAAUCUUUCAGAUAAAGGUACAAAAACCAUUGAAGAAGUCACAGAGAAAGCUACGGAGUUAACAGAAAAGACGGCAAUAAUAUCCACAGAGAAAACUGAAGAAGUAGCUGAUUUAGGAGAUAAAUUAUCAGAAACUGUAGAAACAAAAGUCGAGAGGCAAUCAACAGAAAAGGUUGCAGAAGUAUCUGAAGUAACAACAUAG